CUGGACGAGGUGCAGAAGAACCUGCAGCUGAGCGAGUGGGGCAUGGAGCCAUCGAGGAUGACGUUGCAUCGGUUCGGGAGCACGUCGAGCAGCUCCCUGUGGUACGAGCUGGUGUACAGCGAGGCCAAAGUAGGGUGGCGAUCGGGGACCGUGUGUGGCAGAUUGCAUUCGGAUCCGGGUUCAAGUGUAACAGCGCGGUGUGGAAGGCGUUCAGGCCGAUCGCGGUGA